UUGAAGUACAAGUUCAUUUCCUCAUCAUCCCUUCCUACAUUUUAUUCCUUCAGUACAAGACGAAGAGAACAAAGUGACAGGUUCACAUAAACUAAGAACCGGCGAGAACCUCAGUAGUACAUUCGUUACUCUCACUUUCAGCUCCCAAGAAUUGGUACGAUUAGGUUACGCUUUGUUACAGUUUUAUUGCCGAAAAUAGUGGUAUGGAAAGGUGAAGUGUUGGAAAGGUGAAAAACGGACUUGUGUGUUAAACUAGUUUGUUGUUUUUCUUUAAGUUAUCAUAGAUGGAACUCAGAUAUUUGCUGUAGAGGUGGUCAAAGCUAAUCAAAGAAUGAUGUUAAUCACAUCGCAAUAGUCAUGCUCUUUUUACAUCUUGGAAACAAGAUAAGGAAAGGUCAGCUAUUUCGAAGAAUAAACAUGUUGAAGAUCCAUCCUCCGGAUUAGAGAGACGAACGUUAUAGAAGAUAAUAUUUAAUCUAGUCAAAAUCCAACUGUGAUAACUUAAAAUCCGUUAACCUAGGCUGUAUCAAAAUGGUAUUCGAAACCCUUCUAGUUUCAACAGCUUUAAGAACAAUAGGAAUAGUAGGAUCGACCCUCUGGUUGAUUCCCUUAAUUCUAGCUGGAAUAACGUAUAUAAACUACAACAAACUAGAUCCCGAAACGCCAAUCAUGGAUGCUCAGAGACUUUACAGAGAUUAUGACUUUAUAGUGGUGGGAGGAGGAUCGGCAGGUGCUGUAGUAGCGUCUAGGUUGUCGGAGAUUUCAAAAUGGAAAGUUUUAUUGUUGGAGGCAGGCUACGAUGAGAACGAAAUCAGCGACGUCCCAUCGUUGGCGGCCUACCUACAACUUUCUAAGAUGGAUUGGACCUACAAGACGGAGUACACCGGCAGAGCAUGUCUCGGCAUGAAGAACGGACAGUGUAAUUGGCCGAGGGGGAAAGUUCUUGGAGGGUCCAGUGUUUUGAAUUAUAUGCUGUAUGUGAGAGGAAACAAAAACGAUUAUGAUUAUUGGGAGCAGUUAGGUAACCCUGGGUGGAAUUAUGAAAACGUUCUAAAAUACUUCAAGAGAUCAGAAGACAACAGAAAUCCGUAUCUAACAAAAACGCCUUACCAUAACAAAGGAGGUCUAUUGACUGUACAGGAAUCCCCGUGGAGGACACCGUUAGUGGUAGCAUUUCUGGAAGCUGGAUUGGAGAUGGGUUACCCUGUAAGAGAUAUCAACGGCGCUGACCAGGCUGGGUUUAUGAUAGCACAAGGAACUAUCAGAAGAGGAUCAAGAUGCUCAACAGCGAAAGCGUUUUUGAGGCCAGUGAAGCUUAGAAAAAAUAUACACAUAGCCUUAAAUGCUCACGUUACACGAGUUUUGAUUAAUCCCACAACAAUGAGGGCGUUCGGUGUGGAAUUCGUCAGAAAUGGAAGGAAGCAGAUUGUCACAGCCAAACGAGAAAUCAUCCUCUCCGCCGGUGCCAUUAACACACCGCAAAUCCUCAUGUUGUCGGGAAUAGGGCCAAAAGAUGAACUCACCAAGCACGGAAUUCCCAUCCUCCGCGACCUACCAGUGGGAGAGAAUUUACAGGACCACGUCGCGAUGGGCGGUUUGACGUUCAGGAUUAAUAAACCAGUGUCUAUCGUGCAGGACAGGCUCCAGGCUUUUCCCAUGACGAUGCAAUACGUGAUGCACGAGCAAGGUCCGAUGACCACGCUAGGAGGAGUGGAGGGACUGGCGUUUGUUAAUACUUAUAUGGGGAACCGAUCCUGGCCAGACAUUCAAUUCCACAUGGCGCCGGCAAGCAUCAACUCCGACGCGGGGGCCAAAGUUAGGAAAGUUCUGGGACUCACAGACGAACUAUACAACACAGUUUACAAGCCGAUAGCAAACAAGGAUGUGUACACAUUAAUGCCGCUCCUUCUCCGACCGAGAUCCCGAGGGUGGGUGAGGCUCAGAAACAAAAAUCCGUUUUCGCCGCCGUUGAUCAAUGCGAAUUAUUUCGAUCAUCCUCUGGAUAUUUUAACUUUAGUUGAAGGUGCCAAAAUAGCAAUCAACAUAAGCGAAACUCAAGCUUUUAAGAAAUUCGGCAGCCGUCUACACAACAUUCCGUUUCCGAACUGUAGACAGUUUGAAUUCACCAGUGACAAGUACUGGGAGUGCCAUAUCAGGACGAUAUCGAUGACGAUAUACCAUCCGGUUGGGACGUGCAAGAUGGGUCCCACGUGGGACAGAGAAGCAGUCGUUGAUCCACGAUUACGGGUUUAUGGUGUUGGGGGUUUACGGGUUAUAGAUGCUUCGAUAAUGCCGACUAUACCUAGUGGGAAUACCAAUGCACCGACCAUUAUGGUGGGUGAAAAGGGGGCCGAUUUGAUCAAAGAAGAUUGGCUGGGGAUUAGAAGCCAAAAUGUGUAGAAGAUGUAGAAACUGAUUUUAUACUUUGUUAGCUUUUUUUGUUGUAUAUAUAUUAUUUUUAUAA